AUCCUUGUAUAUUUUGUCAAAAAAGAGCUUUGAAAUUAUUUAAAAAACUCUCGUGACCAUCUUCUUUCUCCCUCCUUCACUCCACCACCAUUACAUCUCUCUUUCUAUUUUCUCUCUCUGGUGGUGGCGAUCUUUCAUUCUAAGUAAAGCAUAAUCCAAAGCUUCUUCUUAUAUUUAUGAGCUUCUUACCCAUUUCUAAUUUAUGAGCUUCUGUAACCGAGGAAGCUAUUGAAGAUUAAAUAUUGUUUAAUUGAGGAGUUGGAUGGUCUUUCUGAUAGUUGUAUAGAGUUGAGACUAUAAUUUUGGAACAUGACUUCUGAUAUGCCACCAGUUAGCAUGAGGUCAAACAGGUCUUCUUUUGGCUCAAGUAACGGAUAUGAAACACCUUCACACUAUUCUUUUGCAACCUCAAAUGGGGAUGAUUAUGAUAGUGAUGGUUCCAAUUUUGCUCCACCCACCCCAACUACUCUCUCAUCAGUUCUGUCACCCGAACUUGCUGGUGCGAUACCAUAUAUUGACAGAUUCCAGGUUGAGGGGUUUUUGAAGGCUAUGCAAAAGCAGCUUCAAUCUGCUGGCAAACGUGGGUUCUUUUUAAAAAAAUCCGUUGGUCCACAAGUUCGGGAAAAGUUCACAUUUGAGGAUAUGUUGUGUUUCCAAAGGGAACCCAUUCCAACAUCAAUUCUGAAAAUAAAUGGCGAUCUCGUCGGCAGGGCAGUUAAGUUAUUUCAGUCCAUUCUGAAGUAUAUGGGUAUUGAUUCCUAUGAUAGAGCAGCUCCAAUCAGCUUGGAUGAGCGAAUCGAGCUUGUUGGCAAGCUAUUUAAGCAGGCGUUGAAGCGGUCUGAGCUUCGUGAUGAAAUGUUUGCCCAAAUUUCAAAGCAAACAAGGAAUAAUCCGGAGAGGCAUUCUUUGAUUAAAGCAUGGGAGCUAAUGUACUUGUGUGCAUCUUGCAUGCCUCCGAGCAAGGAAAUUGGUGGAUACUUGUCAGAAUAUAUUCAUACUGUUGCACAUGGAAUCAAUACUGAUUCUGAGGUUCAAGUUUAUGCAAUAAAUACUCUAAAUGCGUUGAAACGUUCUAUUAAGGCUGGACCUAGGCACACGAUACCUGGUCGUGAGGAGAUUGAAGCUCUCUUAACUGGUAAAAAGCUUACUACAAUAGUGUUUUUCUUGGAUGAAACCUUCGAGGAAAUUACGUAUGACAUGGCCACAACUGUAGCUGAUGCUAUUGAGGAGGUUGCAGGGAUAAUCAAAUUGUCUGCUCAUGCUAGCUUCAGUCUGUUCGAGUGCCGUAAGGUUGUUACUGGGUCUAAAUCUCCAGAUCCUGGAAAUGAGGAGUACAUUUGUUUGGAUGAAAAUAAGUAUAUUGGAGAUCUGUUGGCGGACUUUAAGGCAUCAAAAGACCGAAGUAAAGGGGAGAUUUUGCAUUGUAAACUAAGUUUCAAAAAGAAGUUGUUUCGGGAGUCGGAUGAAGCUGUUACAGAAACAAUGUUCGUGCAAUUGUCAUAUGUUCAAUUACAACAUGAUUACAUAAUGGGCAAUUAUCCUGUUGGCAAGGAUGAUGCAGCACAGAUGUCUGCUCUUCAGAUACUGGUUGACAUUGGAUAUGUUGAUGGCCCUGAAUCUUGCACUGACUGGACAUCACUGCUGGAGCGUUUUCUACCCAGACAAAUUGCAAUGACACGGGCAAAGAGGGAAUGGGAAUUGGAUAUACUUUCUCGUUACAAAUUGAUGGAAAAUCUGACAAAAGAUGAUGCCAAACAACAAUUUUUGCGGAUUCUAAGGACGCUUCCUUAUGGAAAUUCAGUUUUCUUUGCUGUUCGAAAGAUUGAUGAUCCUAUUGGACUUUUGCCUGGGAAAAUCAUAUUGGGCAUUAAUAAACGUGGGGUUCAUUUUUUCCGUCCAGUUCCAAAGGAGUAUUUGCACUCAGCUGAGUUGAGGGACAUAAUGCAAUUUGGUAGCAGCAACACUGCUGUGUUCUUUAAGAUGAGAGUUGCUGGUGUCUUGCAUAUCUUUCAGUUCGAAACAAAACAGGGAGAGGAAAUUUGUGUUGCUCUACAGACACAUAUUAAUGAUGUGAUGUUACGCCGCUACUCAAAAGCCCGUUCUGCAGCUAAUGGUUCCGUUAAUGCAGAUGUUCCAAAUAAUCUCAAAACUGCAAACACUGACAUUAAUGAAAGACGCAUUCAGGAUUUGUCUCGCGCCCUUGAAGAAUCUCAGAAGAAAGUCAAUGAUUUGCUGGAAGAUUUACAUGAAAGGCAAAGAGAAGAAUCGAAGAUGCAAGAAGAAUUGGAUAGCUUAAAAGAUAACUUGAGAUCAGAGAAGCAAAAUUUAGCAGCUGCUGCUUAUGAUUGUGAAAAAUUUAGAUCUCUAUGCAAUGAAAAAGAUGCAGAGCUUCAGGCUGCCCUAACGGAGAAGCAGAACUUGGAAAUGCGACUUUCAAAAUUAAGUUCUAAAGGUUUGGAGAAAAAUAUUACAAAGGAGUUGGUUGAAGCGAAUAACCAGGUCUUACAGAAGAUCCAGGAAGAGUUGAGAGCUCGUACUAUGGAGUUGCGCGCUGCAGAAGAAACAAAGAGGAAGCUUUUGAGUGAAAGAACAUCACUUGAGGAAAAAAUCGUAGGGCUAGAAAAGAAGAAAUCAAGUGAGAUGGAAAACCUUCAGAAAGAUUUUGAAAAAGAAUGCAAGGCGCUGAGGCUCCAAGUCUCUGAACUUCAAAGAAAACUGGAAGAGGCCAAACAUGAUUUGGUUGUCGCACGGUCAGGGCUUGAAGCUAAAGACAGGGAACUAGAAAUGCUACAGAAUAAUUUGAAGGAGCUCGAGGAGCUAAGAGAAAUGAAAGAGGACAUUGAUCGAAAAAAUGAACAAACUGCCGCCAUCUUGAAAAUGCAAGGGGCUCAAUUAGCUGAAAUGGAAGCACUUUACCGAGAGGAACAAGUUCUAAGGAAAAAGUACUUCAACACAAUAGAAGAUAUGAAAGGCAAGAUCAGAGUCUACUGCAGAUUAAGACCUCUUUGUGAAAAGGAAAUUAUAGCGAAGGAAAGAAAUGUAAUGAGAAGUGUUGAUGAGUUUACUAUUGAACAUAUAUGGAAAGAUGAUAAAGCAAAACAACACAUGUAUGAUCGUGUCUUUGACGGAAAUGCCACUCAAGAUGAUGUGUUCGAAGACACUAAGUAUUUGGUGCAGUCAGCUGCUGAUGGAUAUAAUGUUUGCAUAUUUGCAUAUGGACAAACUGGAUCUGGCAAGACAUUCACAAUCUAUGGAGCUGAUAGUAAUCCAGGACUGACACCAAGAGCUAUAUCUGAACUCUUUAGAAUUAUGAAGCGAGAUAGUAAUAAGUUUUCUUUCUCUUUAAAGGCAUACAUGGUAGAGUUGUAUCAGGAUACAUUGGUGGACCUCUUAUUGCCAAAGAAUGCAAAGCGCUUGAGAUUGGAUAUAAAAAAAGAUUCAAAGGGCAUGGUUUCUGUGGAAAAUGUGACAGUGGUGUCUAUUUCAACGUAUGAGGAACUUAAGACAAUAAUCCAAAGAGGAUCUGAACAACGUCAUACGACUGGAACCUUGAUGAAUGAGCAGAGUUCAAGAUCUCAUCUUAUAGUUUCAGUUAUUAUUGAGAGUACCAAUCUUCAAACGCAGGCAAUUGCUAGAGGGAAGCUGAGUUUUGUGGAUCUUGCUGGCUCAGAAAGAGUUAAGAAGUCUGGCUCAGCUGGCAAUCAAUUAAAAGAAGCUCAAAGCAUUAACAAGUCACUGUCAGCACUUGGUGAUGUGAUAAGUGCAUUAUCUUCAGGAAAUCAACACAUUCCUUAUCGAAAUCACAAGCUAACUAUGUUGAUGAGCGACUCGUUAGGUGGAAAUGCUAAAACUCUUAUGUUUGUGAACAUCUCUCCAGCAGAAUCAAACUUGGAUGAGACUCACAACUCCUUAACGUAUGCAUCAAGAGUCCGUUCCAUUGUAAAUGAUCCCAGCAAAAAUGUUUCAUCUAAGGAAGUCGCUCGGCUAAAGAAGCUAGUGGCAUAUUGGAAGGAACAAGCUGGUAGAAAAGGGGAUGAUGAGGAUUUAGAGGAAAUCCAAGAUGAACGGCCAACUAAAGACAAGACUGAUGGUCGUCAUUCGAUGUAAAACAUCUAGAAUUGAAUGCGAGGAACGAGUGAAUCAAGUUGAGCAUCUUGUUUAGUUGCCUCCAAAAUAUGAGGAGGAAUGGUGAACGUUUGAACUGCUUGUUCAGCUGGUUUGUACUGCAGCUAAAUGGUUGAGAUUUUUCCUUCCCAGAAUUUUGUUGUCAUGUAGGAAGGCUUAAAAUAUUUAGCUUAGGGAGUCCUCAAUCCUCAUGUUGUAUAGAGCUAUAUGUGUAUAUUGUACUUUACAAUCAAUCAAUGGUUACUUCAUUCUUUCUCCCCCAAAA